UGUAUCGUCACGGUAGGGGAAUCCCGCAACAUACAGAGGCUGCCUUAGGAGUCCGGAGAGCUGCGUGCCAGCGUAAGUGGUUCUAGGGAGUGCUGCGGAACAGGAAGCUGAUUGGUACAGCGUUAAAUACGCAGAAGAUAAGUUACAAGUACUAUGGAUAUACAAAAUAUACAUAUUCAGGAAGCUUGUGGGAAACCUGAUGUAAAAGACACAUACCUGGAAGACAACACCAAGUUUGUGAAUUGUGAAAACUGCUCACAAAGCUGUUUACUGUCAGGAGUGGACAUAGUUGCACAACAACUGAGAGAAGCACAAGGCUAUAAUGAAGCAAACAUACAAUCUGGUCUGGAUCAGUGUGUAACAUUAUUGAAGGGAAAAGAAGCUGAGAUGUCUGCAGAUCCACCAACAAAGAAGUUAAAAACAGAACACAAAUUACAGGCUGAAGAAAGUGUUGCGAACAACAUAGAAGAUUUUCAUGUUUGUACUCGGUCAGAUAAGGAGUCAGAAAGUAAUAUAAAUGAGCAAGAGUCUCAACAGUCAGUUACUAGCUUUCCUCUUAAUAUAACUGCAGAUUUAUUUCAUGGAGACAACAGUAAUGAUGAUCAAAAUACUUUAAGCAAGAAAACAAUAACAAGUGAAGUGUUUCAUAACAAAAUUGAUUGCUCUUCUACAGUUGGGAAAAGACAGAUAAAUGAAGCUGAAGAGGAAGCAGCAUAUAAGGGACUAACAAAGAGCAAAAUGUCCAUAGUGGACAAUCAAGAAGAGACACUGUUUCCCAAGUCACUGGAAAAAUUCCAUGGUCUAGAAAUGCAAGGUGUGAAGCCAGUCUCCGUAGGGCAGGAAGUACUAAUAAGUGUAACCAAGAGGCCAGUCAAUGAUAAUUCAGGCACGGAAUAUCCUCAAAAGGAAAUAAUAAUGUUGGAAGAUCAAAAUCAAAAGCCCCAGAAUAAGGAAACAACCACACUGAAUGAAGCACCUUAUGGGAAAAAUAAUUGCUCAUGUACAGCAAAAGAAAUCAAUAAAUCAGAAACUGAAGAUGGUUCAGAAAGAAAUGAAACAGCUUCUGAUGAAUCAGCCUCAGGAAGUUCUGUGCAAGAAAUUGCUGUUCUGGUCACUGAGGAUAAAAAUCAGAAUGUGGAAAAUAGGGGAAUUACAAAGCCAGUGUGUGAGGAAUUCAUCUCAAAUGACACAUUCACAACGAACCAACUGAGUCCAGCAGAAGAAGGAAACAAUGAGACGCCAUCGGACAUAAUACUAACACCUAAUGAAGUACAUGAUGAAGAAACUCACUGCAUGCUUCCAGCUGAGACAUCAUCAGAUGCGAUAGUAGCACCUAAUGAAGUACAUAGUGCAGAAAACCACGGCUUACUUUUGGUUGAAAAAGGAAAUGAGGAAGUGGCAGACAGUGCAAAAAAUAAAUCAGAAAAGAGUCUUCAUAUGAUCGUCUAUGAACAAGAAAUAUCCUGGACAGCCUUAUUACAGGAUGAAGUAUUCAAAUUAGUUGAUAUUUCUUGUAUUAGUGCUAAAUACAGUAUGAUAAAAACAUUGUUUCAGGGUACUACACAAAAGCAUUUUAAUAUCACCAAAAUAGUUGAAGUGCAAAAUCCUUUUUUGUAUAGUUAUUAUCUUUUGAAAAAAGCAGAAAUGAUGUCCAGAUAUGGUCAUAUUAAAGAAGAAUAUCUCUUCCAUGGUACUAAAAUCGAAAAUAUUUCUUCAAUCUGUGAAAAAAAUCUUGACUGGAGAAAACAUGGAUCUAUAACUGGAAAUAUCUUUGGGAAAGGGGUCUCACUGACUCCUAUUUCAUGUUAUGCAAGUCAUUACUCAGACAAAAAUAUGGUGGAAAAAAUUUUGUUCGUUUUCAGAGUCAUGAUAGCAGAUGAAACUGAGGGAAAUCCAGACAUGGUUUUACCACCUUACAAAGAUGAAUUAAGAAAACUGAGGUAUGACACUACAGUCAAGCCAAACCGUCAAGUUAUUGUCAAAUUUUCUGAUAAUGAGUUUUAUCCUGCUUAUGUGGUGUAUUACACUGGAAAAUAUAAGUCUCGUAAGUCUCGUAAGUUCAUCAGACUUUGAUACUUCAGCAUAGCA